AUGGCAGAAGACAGGCCAAGGCGCAGGCACACCAACUGUCGUUCACUUGUGGUGGAGGCUGAGCGGCUCAGGCACGUCGUGAUAGGUGGGAACAGCGAGUGUGACGUCCGGCUCGAGUUUUGGGUUCACAAUUAAUUGCGUAAACGAUGUAUGUCUGGACGCGGCCAAGUUUUGCAACAACAUUCUGUUUUUGCGUGAAGAUUGGCUCUUUGACGCAAGUUUUCGAUUUGAGCUCGACGUAUUUGACAAACUGGAACGGUUCGAGAUACUUUAGAGACGUUUUAAGAUUGGCUUUUUGCAGUUGAAAAGAAACCCCAUUUUUUCUCUUUUAUUUGAAAGCAAGUAAAGUCAAGUAACUUUCAAAAAUAUUUCAUCACAAAAAAUGAGAAUUUUCCUAAGUUUUAACAUUAUUUAGAAAAUAGUUCACCAGUAAUAGAGAAAAAAAAAAUCACGCAAAAGUCAAAAAAAAUGUUUGUGUAUGCGUACCCGAAACGGAAAAAUAAUGUAUACCACCUUCAAAAACCGAAAAAAAGACUAUACCACUCAAAAAAACAUCGAAAAAGGAAAAAUGAAAGGCCGCGACCUCGACUUCCUUUUAAUAACUUCCAUUAUUUCGAUUUACGAAAAUGAUCCUCUCUGAGUCGUGGAAGAUCAUUAUUCGAAGUGAAGAAUGCAAUUAAAUGUGUACAGCAGCCAAAGAAAAACAAAGAAACAAUUGUGGGGCAACCCGAAAGAUGACUCUUUCGCCGGAAAUUUAGUUUCUUCAAUUCAGGCCGCACACGAAUUGCGUUCUUGUAAGAAUGAGAAGAGCCCUGAAAAGAAUGGAAGCAUUUCAAAACUAAUUACACCAUGUUGAGGGUUGAUCUACGGCUGCGUUUUUUCUGUCUGAGACCUAGAAAGUCCAUCAGAUUUCAGAAAAUCUUUCGUUUUCUCUUUUUUUUUGCGAGGUUCUUUUUUUGAUGAACAAGAAAAUCUCAUGUUCUGUUGUAAGCUAUCGAAAACUAGUAUAAAAUCAUUUAUUCCUAGCUAUCUCCAACGUUCAAAAAUGAAACGUGUAAUUUUUUUCGGAAAAGGGCUAAUUGAAGUCAAACUGUGCGAAGAAGCAUUGGUCGAACUUUUAACAGAAGAACAAAAACACCAAAGUUCAUAUUUAUCCUUAAUGACUUAACUUUUUGAAGUUCUUGAUUGCUUGAGUGGCUAUUUAAAACAUCUUCUACAAUUUUCAGGUGUCCCAAAACAACGAGGCUUGAAGUUCGAAGGACUAAUUGUCAUGUCUUAACUGGAAGGGGCUACUCUCAUUCCGAGGCUUCCACCUAGAGCACGGUCACCGAGCUCCAACAUCAACAUCCUUACAUUCUGAGCUUGUCAAAACCCAACUGGAAGGAAAAAAGGCAGAAGCACAAGGCGAAUGACCGCAAGACCAUGCUUUCAACUUGAUCAACUUCACGUUUGGAUUUCUAGUUCGCCAAAGGCGGCUGUUAGUUACAGCUUCAAAGUUCUUGUUCACCAAAUAGUCGAUUACAUCUAUGACUAAAACAAAAAAAAUGAUUGAUUGAUUGAUAAAAUUAAUAUGAAUGAAAUGAUUAACAAAUCACUUCCGAUUUUAUUUGAAUUUUUUUCCAAAAUUUCCAGGCACACUUUCUCGAAGCAACUUUUCAGUCUCUUUGGGAAAAGUUUUCACUUCUUAUCUCUCCUGAUAUCAUAAAUAAACAAUGUCACAUUUAAGCUCUUUGACUGUCUAUCUUUGAUUGUAAGACUAUUUUUCAAAGGUCAAAAUGUGAAACAUUUCAAAACCCAACUGUGACGAAAAAAUAAAUAAAUGACGUUUUUCCACCUUCGCAUAAGGUUGUGCAAUCUUGUUUGUUUAUCGCAGCUCUCAAUAUUUAAGCGAAGAAAUUUGUUGAUUUUCUCCCAACUUCUUUUAGAUUUGAAAACAUGGGUACAGUUUCCAUCGUUUCCGAGGAGCUCCUGAGAAGUCUUCCCCUCGAAGAAAUUGAGGAGCAACUUCGAACUUAUUUUUCUACUUCUGCAACGUUUGGCCCUCGAAUGAAAAUUACUGGCAUCACUUCUGGGGUUGAACUUUAGAUAAUUCUUUUCAAUUUGUACGAUUUCAGUGGUCCGGAUCUGAACUCUUCUUGCUUUUUCCAGACUUUGAAGAGGCAACUACUAGCGAAAUUCCCGAAAAAUGCCUGUUGAAGGUCAGGGACUCGCUCUUUUUCAUUAAAGCUUCAAAAUACUCUUUAGGUUACUCGAACUGGGAGCCAAAACAAAAGGAAUGGUGAAUCGCUGACAGAAAAAGAAAUUGAAGAGAGAGAUGGCUAUUUGAGAAAGGUUUUUUAUCUAUCUUUGAUAGAUUUUACUCUUUUUCUAGAACCACAACAACGAAGUACGAUGGCUACGUCAUUUCAACAAAAAUAAGCAAGACGAUUUCAAAACGAUUCCGGUUGGUUAAAAAGAAACUUUGUGAAAAGGAAGACUUUUCAGAUGUAUGCCAGUAAUUUCAUGAAUGAUGAAAACCAACUAGGCUACAUUGUCAUGCAGUUCGUUGAAGGAUGUGGCUAUGCCGAUCUGGAAACCAUUCCUCAAAGUGUUAUCAUCGAGGUUUUCCUUUCAUUUCUGAGCAAUCAAAUAUUAAUUAUCUAGACUCUCAAAGCUUUGGCGAAACUCCAAGCUCUGUCCUUGCCAGAAUCUGAAGAGAAAACAAUUUAUGAAAGGCCGAUAAUGGGGAUUUACGACUUAACGGAAGUGGUUUGAUUCUCAGGUCGAAAUUAUUGAUAAAAACUUUUGUAGAAUCUGAGAAACCACAAAGAAAAAUUCUUGAAACUGAAGUCGGAAAGUGAUUUCUGUGCUGAUUUGAUCGAAGAAGUUCUCACUGUGAUAGACGAGAUGACUCCAGAUUUCUUGCGAUUUUUCGACGAGUAUCCUUACAGAGAAGGUUGGAUUUUUUCUCAAAGCAUUCUUGUUGCUUUUAAAAAUCUGAUGUUCAGUAUUUUUCUAAAAAUGAUAAUUUUUCACGUUUCUAAACGUUUUAAAGUUUGAAUUUGGAGGAAUGCGAGAUGUUGUGUGCCACGGAGAUAUGUACGCAGGCAAUACCUUGUAUAAACGAGAGGCUCCGCAUGAAUUCAUCGCGAUAAUUGAUCUCCAGGUAAUAAAAAAAAAACUUGAAAGCGAGAAAUCAUCCAACUCCAGAGUUUGUGCCUUUCCAACGGGGUCAUCGACUUCCUGCAUUACAUCACGGAAAGUUUGCCUUACGGCGAUGAUCGUCAUUCGAAGGAAUUUGUGUAUAUGGGAAUUUUUUACGACUUCGUUUGCCAAGAAUUUACGAACGACAAUAUUCCGUACACCUAUCAACAGGUAAAUAAUCAAAAAAAAAAAAAACUAAAAGCAGAAAAAAUUCAGCUAGAAGAAUGUUAUAAACAGCAGCUUCCUAUGGCUAAACUCGACUGGUGUUUAUAUCUAUUGGAAGAGAAGAACUCUCCUUCCUAUGAAAACAAAACAGUGGAGGUUCGUUUAGGGAAAUUCACCAAUUUUCAUUUCGCUCUCAGACUCAGACUCAUUAGUUGAAUUUAUUUUCCCAAUUCAACUUUUUUAGUUCCGUCGAAAGCUGGAGGACUCCGUAGUCUCAAUGAUGAAAGACAUCAUAAAGUACCACAGGCGGAACACAGAAAUUUAUCGCAACUCUGAAAAUAAUCAUCAAUAAACGUUUCUGUUUUUCAACGGCCUCAGAAUCUGAUCCGGAUGAAUCGGACUCCCCGAUUCUGGAUUCGGAAACGAGAACUUGAUCGAUUGAAAUUACUGCUUUGAUAUUAUGCUGGCGGCCUUGUAGUCAAAGCUUAGAAAAAAAUUGUCAUUGUUUUGAUUCGAGAAACGAAAUUGAAGUUCUUGUGCCACCUUUGGUUUUAUUAUAAAAAAUUUAUAGCAUUAAUGAAGACUUUGGGAAAAAAAAACCCUGCUGAAAGUUAAAUUCCAAACAAGAUCGUAACUAAAAGUAUUAUUAGUUUAGAAGAAAAAUUUUAAUAUCAAUUGGAACAUGAGAGAAGUGAUGUUGCCUUUGGUCUUUCAAGAUUUAUCAACCAUUUAAAAAGUCAAAAAAUUUACUAGGGAACGUUUUUUAACCCCGGUUGAACUUUUGAUGAAUUUUUGCUGUGUACUUUAGGACCUCCUGAUUGCAAAACGAAAAGAGAAUUUUUUGCAAUAGAUCUUGUUUUUGAUUUAUUAAGCUUUAAAGGCCGCAAAAUACGCAAAUUAUGACAAAAAACCGCUAUUUCAAGCCUUCGGAACGUGUUAACUCGAAAACUAGAUCUAUUGCAAAAAAUGUAAUUCUUUUUCUGCAAUCAGAAGGUCCUAAAGUACACUUCAGCAAAUUACCAUCAAAAGUUCAACCGGGGGUAAAAAACUUCCCCUAUUUAAGAAAGACUUUUUUUACAAACUUUUCCUAUUUUUCAAUUUUUUUUUUCAAGAAUCCAUUCACUUUUUUUCCUCUCAAACAUCAAGAGAUCUUUUCGUACAAAUUCAUGUUUCAAAAAGUCAGAAAAAAAACGUUUCUUGUGGGAAUUUUGAGUGGGAAACACAUUGGAAUUUCAAUCAGUGAUGAUGUGAAGAAAGAUGAUUGCUUUUUUAUUGUUACGUGGCGUUCCGCCAUUCGUUUGUCUCAUCCUUUUCGCAUUUCUGUAUUUGUGACUUUUAGGUCUUCUCUGCUCGGUAUGGCUCAAACCCCCAUGACUCCCGAAGAAGUUCUCGAAUUGUUACCACUGGAAGACAUUGAGAAACAGUUUCAAACUUACUUUUCUACAAAAAGCACGUUUGGACCUCAAUUACGACUCACUGGAUUUGAGUCUGGGGUGAUUUUAAGUGAUUUUCUUUUUCAACAAUUCUUUUUUCAGCUUUCGGGUGCAAAACUUUUUUCACUAUAUCCUGACUGGCAAAACGAGCCCUCAGAUGAAUUACCUGAAAUGUGUCUUGUAAAGGUAACCGAGUCAACCACAUCAAAAGAAACUUUUCCUAAGGUCUAUCGUGUUGAAAGUUUGAAAGACAACCGCCAAUAUGCAACACCAGAAGAACGAUUCGCAGCAAGACGCUGUCUGGGACAGGUUUUGCGUCUCUCCCUUCAACAUGAAAUUGUGGAUUUCAGUAUCACAACAAUGAGGUGAAAUGGCUACGCUUUUUCGCAGAGAAAAAAAUAAACACUUUCAACAAAGUUCAGGUGAGAGAAAAAAGAGGCCCCAUUGAGCAUCAUAUUUCAGAUCUACGCGAGUGAAUUGAUAGACGGUGAGGUUGAGCUGGGCUACAUCGUGAUGCAGUACAUCGAAGAUUGUCAUUUCUCUAAUGGGGGUGAUGUUCCUGGCGCGGUUUUCACAGAGGUUCCAAGAGUUCAUUGGUUCGGGUUGUCCACUCGUUCAUCUAUAUAGACUCUGAGAGCGUUAGCGAAACUUCAAGCCGUUCCCCUAUCGGAUGCUGAGAAAGCAAAAGCUUAUCGACCGGCGAUUUGGUGGCUUUAUCACUUAACUCCAAAGGUUCCAAGCGUUGAUGAUUUGAAUAAGGAAUAAUAAUCACCAGGAACUACGAAUGAUCAGAAACAAGUUCUUCGAAAGGAGAACUACUAACAACUGGGAAGAUCUGAUUGACAAAGUCAUUGCUGCCAUUGACGAGAUGACCCCUGACUUUGUGCAGUUCUUUGAUCAAUACCCAGAAAAUGCAGGUAUUGUAAAAACAUUAAAAUAGCUCUGAAAAGGAAGGGCAUUUUUCCUGAAAAUCGGCCAGAAUUUUCCUAGGUGUACCAGGAAAAGAUUCUGAAGGUUUAAAUCUGCUAGAAUUCCUCGUUUUUGAGAAAAGGCGUCUAAAAGUGAGGAUCCUGGAAAUCUAUAAAAUCAGGCCUUCAUUUCUCAAAAACUAAAAAGCUGUGUAGUUGGAGAUUUACACGACCAGUAUCUGGUUUAUCAAAGAGUGUUCUGGCCCAUUUUUGCCAAAAUGACCUCUCCUGUGAAUGAAAAGUAUAAGAACUUGAAUCACCCAGGUAUGAGCAACGUGCUGUGUCAUGCCGACUUGUCGAUACGCAACACUUUAUUCAAAACAGAACCACCACACGAAUUCAUCGGAAUUAUCGAUUACCAGGCAUGUAAAAGCACUUUCUCAGAAACAAUCUUGCAUCUCAGACUUUGUGCGUUUCCAAUGGGGCUCUCGACAUUCUCAAGUAUUUAACUGAAUUUUCACCCCGCGGAGAGGAUUUUUUUGAAAAUUUAUCAUAUCUACGAACCUUUCAUGAAUUCGUCUGCGAAGAGUUCGGAAGCGACAGAAUUCCUUACACCUACCAGCAGGUUCAUGCUUUUUUUAUGAGUAUAAUUGGAAGAGAUCAGUCUUACAAAAAUUCUCUAAGGAAAUUUUUUGGUAGCAACCAGCUUUUCCUCUGGAAUUUUGCUGGAGAGUCGAAAAGUAUGACGAAAAAUACUGAAAAGAAAGAACUGCUAAAAAUCACGAAAAUCCGCUAUUACUCGAGAAAAAAUGUAAUUUACAGUUGGAAGAUUGUUAUAAACAGUUUUUCCCCUUCUAUCAACUGCGCUGGUGUGCGGAUUACUUGAUACAAAGGAGCGACCCGUAUUAUGAAAAUGAAGGAAUCGAGGUGAAUUUUUUCAAUUUAUUUUUUCAAGUUAGUGAUCCUUUUUACUUGCAGAGUCGUAAGGCUAUCGACGAAUGCUUCACAUCAAACAUGAAGGAAAUCGUCUUUUAUCACAAGCGAAAUGCAGAAAUUUUCGCCGAAUCCAAGAAAAGUAAGGUUCUUGAAUGA